ACAAACAAGAACUUCAUCAAUCUCUCAUUGUUUCCUCUCUCUUCUCUCACUCUAAAAAAAAAAAAAAAGAAAAAACAAGAUGAACAUACUAAUCUUGAUGUGGGUUUUAGCAUUAGUGUCAAGUGAAGGGACUUGUUUGGCAAACAACCUUAAUGUCUCCGAAGAAUCGGUAAGAAACGAGUGUGGAUAUACAAGAUACCCGGCCCUAUGUGUCCGAACCCUAUCUAACAUAGGAUUCGAUAAUCAUAACGUUAAUUUCUUGUCUACCCUUGUCAACAAGACAAUCUCCGAAACCACGUUGCCCUAUGCUUCUUACAACAACCUGUUCGAGUUUUUAGCUGAAAGUGUCACCUCCGACACUUAUGACACUUUUGAUAAUUGUAAGGAGCUGAUGGAAAUGUCUUCAAAACGGCUGAAACAAGCCAUGGCGGCUCUUCAAACGGCGGCUCCCGAAACCCACAAAGCCGACAUCCAGACAUGGCUCAGCGCCGCCAUGACCUUCCAGGAGUCCUGUCGAGACGCCGUUGCAGAACACCUCCCAUCGGGCGGCGCCGCCGCAAAAAUCCACCGGAAAAUGGCUCAGCUCAGCCAAUUGGCCAGCAAUGCGUUAGCACUAGCGAAUCGGAUCAGCGCCGGAAAGCCGCCGGCGAAGCCGUCAGGGCGGCGGCUCCUGCGGGCUGAGUUUCCGAGCUGGUUGUCGGCGGCUGAACGGCGGCUUCUCCAGGCGACCGGGCCGGUUCGGGCGAACGCGGUGGUGGCGAAGGACGGCAGCGGGAACUACAAGACGGUGGCGGCGGCGGUGGAGGCCGCCGGCGGCGGGCGGUUCGUGAUAUUUGUGAAGGCCGGGAGGUAUGAGGAGAGGAUAUAUUGUAAGAAGGAUGGAAUAACGUUGAUCGGAGAAGGGAAGUACUUGACCGUUAUUACCGCCGGCAGAAGCGUCGGCGAGGGUUCGACCCUGCGAGGAUCCGCCACUUUCACUAUCACGGGGGACGGUUUCAUAGCACGUGACAUCGGUUUCGAGAACAUUGCCGGGCCGGAGAGCCACCAGGCGGUGGCGCUGACGGUCUCCUCCGACCGCUCCGUUUUCUUCCGGUGCUCCGUCGCCGGCUACCAGGACACCCUCUACGCCCACUCCCUCCGCCAAUUCUACCGCGAGUGCGACAUCUACGGCACCGUCGACUUCAUCUUCGGCAACGCCGCCGCCGUCUUCCAGUCCUGCACCUUGCUCCUCCGCCGACCCCGCAGCGGCGGCGCCUUCAACACCGUCACCGCCAACGGCCGCUCCGAUCCCGGCCAGAACACCGGCUUCUCCAUCCACAACUCCAAAAUCGCCGUCGCCGCCGAUUUCGCCCCCGUCAAGUCCUCCUUCGACUCCUACCUCGGCCGGCCAUGGAAGCCGUACUCCCGGACGGUGGUGAUGCAGACCGCCAUCGACGGCGAGAUCUCGCCGCGAGGGUGGCUCGAAUGGGAGGGUUCCGGCGGGUCGACUUACCGGACCCUGUACUACGCCGAGUAUCAGAAUACGGGACCCGGAUCCGGGACUUCGGGUCGGGUCUCCUGGCCCGGGUUCCACGUGAUCGGCACGCCUGACGCCGGGAAGUUUACCGUCGGGAAUUUUAUCGGCGGCAACGCCUGGCUGCCGUCCACCGGUGUCACUUUCGUGUCCGGACUUUGAAUAAUUUUAAUUAAUUAUUUUAUUUUAAUUUGUAAUAAUCACUAUUAUUAUUAGGUUAUUCGUAAAGUAUAAAUAAGCUGGAUGGAAAGCGACGGUCGAGAUUGAAAGAUGAAAUGUGUAUAUAGAUACGUAUUUCUGUACGCGUAUAUGUAUAUACGUACGUAUGGGUUGCUGCAUUGAUUUCAAAUGUACAUACGUAUGUGUAUAUGAAUAUUGUUGCAAUAAUUCGAGACUAUACUUAUAUAA